AUGAAGCCAGCAAAAUUCGAAUCCACUACGAUGGAUGAGCAGACGUUCGUUCCAAAUACAAUGAGGGCUCUUUACUACAGCCCAAACGACAGACAGAACCACGAUGGCACGACUACAGAUCAGCCAGAACCCGGCAUGAUCUUCGAUACCGACUUCCCGACCCCAAUGCCAUCACCGAACCAAUAUCUCAUCAAAGUCCAAACGGCCGCUUUCUCGCAUGACGAGCUACGACUAGCCAAACUGCUCAACCCCCGAAAAUCGAUCCCCCAAAUCCCUCUCCACAACUUCUGCGGCACGGUUAUCAGCACGCCCGUCGAGGACCACUGGAACCCAUCUGGGCCCAAGUACAAAGUCGACGAUAUCGUCUUUGGCCUGAUCAGCUAUACCCGCGACGGCGCCGCCGCAGAUUACGUCGUGGCAACGGAGGACGAGCUCGCAUUCAAACCGCGGAACAUCAGCGCCGCCGAAGCAGCCACCAUCCCCCUGCCUGCUCUCACUGCAUGGCAAGCGCUCUUCACCUAUGGCAAGCUCGAUCCCACCGACCACACCCGCAAGAGCCUGCGCGUGCUCGUCACCAACGCCCGCAACAGCGAGGUCGGCAUGCAGGCGCUCCAGCUGCUCCGGUCUCCGUCCCUGUUCCCGCACUACCGGCCCUGGGUCUGCGCCACGUGCGACUUCGAAGAGCAGGGGUUAUACCUCCGGAACGAGUUCGAGGUUGACGACUUCAUCAUCGCGCCGCUCCCGCUACCCGCGGACUGGGAUGUAGCCACGAUCUUCCGGCAGCGGAAAUGGGGGCCCGUGGAUAUCGUGCUCGACUGUGCGGGCGAGCAGAUGUUCCAGCAGGUGCACGCACCAGCCAUCGUCAAUGAGACCGGCGUCGUCCUGACGGCCGUGGACUCGGUGCCGGCGCAGGAUGGGCGGGUCGAGGAGGAUGUGCAGUCCGACCACGCGCAGCGCAAAGGACCGUUUAGUCGGUUCGUCUCUGUGCGGCCGGAUGGGGUGGCGCUGGGUCAGAUUGCGAAGCUGGUGGAGGAGCAUAGCUUGCACGGACGGGUGGAGGGGAUCACGGAUCUCGUCAACGGGGCAGAUAUCCUGUCUUCUGGCGCUGCUGGCGCCGGGGGCGGAAGGCGAGGAGGGAUCAUGGUCUUCCGAGUAAAUCCAUGA